GGUAGGCCUUCAGAGCAGGACUUGGAGGGACAUAAGUUUGUAGGGAGCAGCGACUAUUUAGUGGGGCUUCAGUCCUUAGCCCUCUAGGCCUGUAGCCCUUUACUUGUACCGAGGUUAACUGUCUCCAGUAGAGACAGGUAAAUAACUCAGUGUGUCACUCGAGCGUACUGUGACCAGGGCGUGUUCCGCUAUGCUGCAGAUGUUGUCAACUGGAGACCUGACGAUACAUUGGCUCCCGGACUGUGUACACUUUUCCUGUUUCGCUUGUAUUACUCUUCGCCUUCAUCAGGAGAACGAGUAUCAUCUACGCUCUAAGGCUGACAGUACAGGACGUGGUUUUGGCUGCGUCGUUCUCCAUCGGUGCGUCGGAAUCAGAUUCUAUUUUUUUGGACGAACUGCAGCUGCAGCUGGCAGUUGGCAUAGUCAAGUUACGUCAGCAACAAUGGAUUGGAAAGGAUACGUCGUAGUGAUCACUGCACUUCUCAGCUAUAAAGAUGCGAACUGCCUGCGUCUGAACGAGGUUCGGAUUCCGAUGCACACUGUGCGUGACCUGAACGCACGCCUUGAAUGUCAUUUUGACCUCGAAGGCGAAGCGCUGUACUCGGUGAAGUGGUACAAGGACGGUAACGAAUUCUUCCGGUUUGUCCCUCGAGAUCAGCCUCCGGCUCAACUCUUUCCUCUGCCGGGAGUCUCGGUGGAUAUUCACAACUCGACGGAAAGUCAGGUUGUCCUGAAAUCUGUGAACUUAUCUAGUACGGGACGUUACCGCUGUGAGGUCUCUGCUGAGGCACCGUCCUUCCAGACUGUGUCCGACCACGGAGACAUGACCGUCGUUGCGUUGCCGGAAGAAGGCCCCAGGAUUACUGGCGGUCGGCCACGGUAUCAGAUCGGGGACACGGUUCGAGUUAACUGCACGUCCGGAAGGUCCAAACCAGCGGCUCAACUCAUGUGGUUUAUCAACGGAGAACAGGCCGACAGCACUUUUCUCCAAGGACCGGAAAUAGUCUACACCGGAAGGGAAGGUUUAGAGACUGCCAUUUUGGGUUUAGAAUUCCGCGUGAAGCCGAAACACUUCCGUCGAGGUGACAUGAAACUCAAAUGUCUGGCCACCAUUGCAACGGUCUACUGGCGUAGCAAUGAGGAGAGUGUCGAAGGCGACAAACCACAGAAGGCGCCCGUUCUUGAGAGCCGAGAGACUGUACCCCCUAGUAAAUCAAGAGCGGACCGCGUCCAAGCUACUGGAAGCUGUGCUACCCUGCUGUCUUGCGCUCCGCUCCUGGCAGUUUGUGGCUUCAUUGUGCUCGUCACGACUCUUUUGUCCACCGCUCCAGCGACGCUGAGCUCGAGGUAACAACAGAUGCCAGCGUUUUUCUUCAGCUGGUGGUAAAUGCGUACCAGAACAUUGUACUGAAUGUUUUGAACGACUAGGUAUCUAGGGAUGACAUGUGUCUAGACUAAAACAAGGGGAAAGGAAGGAUAUAACUGUGAUUUGUUCAGUCUUGAGUCAAGUAACUAAAAAUAGACGUGAAAUGGGAAAUUCUAAUCCUGUUUGUCUAAAGAAUCAAAUCUAUAUUCUAUGUUCUCAGAACGGUAUCAAUUAGACAAUGCUCUGUUUGUCCCGUAUUGUAGGUAAUUUUAAUGAGAUUAAUUACGUAUUCUGAAGUGCUUUGUUUUUAACGAAAUAUAAUGCUUGCACGAAUUAAAAAAUGUUACAGGAUGUAAUAAUAUUAAAAUUUAUUUGAAAAUCGUAUCUGAUGGCUUACUCAUAUAUCGCUUCGAGUUAUUUAUAUUAUUGAUGUAAAGUUCUUGAAACUUUUAAAACGAGAUAUAUUUAUAAACUGAUGGAGCAUUGUCAAUAUUGCUUUCCGUAUUAUUCUAAGUCCUCAUAGUGUUAUAUGUGAACGAUUAACAUUGUCAUUUCCCCUUCACAAGGAUAUUUGUGUCCAAAAUGUCAUGUGGUCUUUGAGGUUAGGUUAGUCAGUUGCGGAAUUAUCACGCCAAAAAGGAUAAUGUUAAGAGGAAACCGAUCAAAUUGCUUUGUGAGAACAAACAUUCCUGAGCCAUGUCACUCAAGAUUAAAUAUUGUGUGUUUCUGUACUUUCUUUGUGUGAAUGUGGGGCUUAUAUAAGCGAUUAAAUAUUUUUACUCACUUUUGUCAAAUUUAACCUUUAAUGCAGAAAUAAUAUUGCUGUUAUUUGUAAAUUUAGGCCCGUAGUCUGAUUUAUUUUAAUGUGAAUUAUUUUUAAAUACAAGGCGCCAAACGUUUUAAGAGUGCCAGAUCUCUAAUUAAAUUUGAUUUACCGUGAAAUGUCAUUCACAUAGAAAUUAGCAACACGUCAUAGAAUGUGAACACUGUCUCCGUAGAUAUACCGUUAUAAUAUAACAGUUUAUCGUGCGAAACUUUACAUAUUAGUCGAAACAGUACCAAAGAUAUUAAAUUAAGACUUCAAGCAGUGUAUAUAAAAUUAUUUAAUUAUAUUACGAUAGCUUACGCUGAAUUUGACAUGGGAUUUGCUCAAUAUAAAAUGUCACUUUUAUACACUUAGAAGUCUUACGUUUAGUAACUUUAAAAUUAGACAUCAUUUUUUUAUUUUUAAAUGAUCACGUUACAGACGGCCUUUUGUCCAAGAAAUAACCAAGAAUGUAAAUUUCAAUCACAGGAAUUAGUAUGACGUAUAAAUGACGAUAUAUAGUCACGUGCCACUGGUUUCGUAAGUCUGUUUUAAUAUUUUAUCCGUUUUAAUUUGCAAGAAUGUACAUAUGUAUAAAGCGAAAAAUAUACUUAAAUUACGCUAUAACACUAAUAACGUCGUUUAACGUACCAGAGCAAAGAAUUUAAGUUAAUAAAAUUAAGAUUUCCUUUGCAGUCUUGAGUUCAAAAUUUACGUAAUCUAAUGUCGCCAUGAUAGCAAGUCGAUAAUAUAUUUAGAGGAAUUAUGGAUAUGACUUGAUUUAUGGACGGAAUGCUGAAACCUUGAGAAGAAAUUAUUAAACUUAAUUUCAGUGAAAGUUUAUCCGCUAGGCGAGCGGUUAAACAGGGAACCUCACACUUACAUCAUAAUCGGAGGAUCCCUGGUUGAAAUCUCGGUCAGGAAAUAUUUUUUCCUCAAUGAUGUUUCUGUGGUUUUACCCAGUUCCUCCAUACACAUUCCAUUACAAUAAGUAAAAUUAUACGGAAUCCACUCCUUUCCAGUUCACUCAAUUCUAUGUAAUCAAAGCUAUUGGAAGCGUCGUUAAAUAAUUUAAUUAAAUAACCAUUAUCGUCACAUUUGACACGUAAUAGUCUAUGCAGUUCAAACAGCGUUGUUAAAUAAACCAAGUUACUCAAGUAAGUUAAGCCUGAACUCCGUACACUGGAACACAGCGUUAGCAUCGACUAGCUGGCUAACAACUCCUGGCUGGCUGGCUUGAUCUGGCUAAAUAUUCAUUUUAUCUGAUAGGCUGAGCCAUGUUUCAGUGUAUUUAGUAUUACUAAACCACAGAAGGAAGACUUUUUAUUUUCUUUGCGAAGUGUUAGCCGGGCCAACACGACCAAUUCGCCUCUGAUACCGAUAUUAAAUAUCCAUUAUUUACCUGAUACAAACAGUGAAAGUAAGACAAAUUCAUGGUUCGAUGCUGUUAAAUUAACCGCUGUGUACUUAAGCAUUACGUGGGGUGCAUCGGAGACGUAGUUACGUUAUGCAAACUCCAGUGGGAGUACGCGUUGCUUGUGUCGUAAUUAAAACACGGGACCGCCAUGCAUCUAGGCAGAUAAAAUGAAUGCGUAAGUACGUGGAAUUAGAAUUAACUGGUAAAUAAAAACAUACCGAGAGAGAUGCUUUGUGGCCUCAGUAUGAGCUCUGCCAUAAACAUUUCACCAUCGUAUUUAAUGACGUUCUUUUGUUCGGAAUUCGUUAAUUUCCCCACAGUGCAUGCGGAUUCGACUCCAUUGUUUUGAUUUUUUUUGGUAUUAGAUUCAAAAGGAUGAAUGGGAAAUUGUCGAGAGUAGAAAUUAAUUUGUAAUAUUAAUUUUAUAUUUCGUAUUACAAAUAAUAAAGAAUUGAAUUGAAAGAAUAUAUAAUAUAAUUUUAAUGAAAUGAGUAAAAAUUAUUUCUUUGUUACGGCUAGAUAGUUUUGGUAUUUAACGGAUUGUAAAUCUGAAUUUUGAAUACGUUUUCGUACUUAACUAAGAAUGGUACGUAAGUUCUGUUGAAUAAUAAUGCCUCUUGUUGGAAUGUACCUGAAUUACUUUGGCACGGAUAUUUGAUGUAAUCUUUAAUAUUAUUAACAUAUUUACAGUGUAUUAUCAUGAUUUAAAAUUUUCUUGUCAACUUUUUCUAGUUUAUGGACACGUUCAGAAUUUAAUACGUCUUACGUGUGACGUCUUAAGUACACUUAUUUCCUAACUAUAAAAUAAAUUAAAUAUUUAUCCGUUCUGGUGAUUCCUUUGAAG